GAGCAGCGCCCGCUGCGGCCCCAUGCUGCUGCCCCUGGCCUGUCUGCACGGCCGGGUGGCGCAGUGUCUCACUGCGCUCCUCGUGCUAGCGGAGCCCACCCCGAGGCCCCAGCACGGCCCGAAGACGCACGGCGUACCGCCCCCGCGCACGGAGACUGUCCUGCCCGUGAAGAUGGCCGCGGAGCUGUACACGCCCGCCGGGGCCGCGGCUGCCACAGCCACGGACAUUGCCAACAGCAACACCGCCACCGCGGGCAGGAAGGGCCCGCCCAGCGCCCCGCCGCCAGCUCCGCCACCGCCCGUGCCCUCGCCGCCCGCGCCCGACAACAACAACUUGGAGAGCCCCAACUGGCAAUCCUUCCACCCGACUCUGCGCGAGAGGAACGCGCUGAUGUUCAACAACGAGCUCAUGGCCGAUGUCCACUUCAUUGUGGGGCCCCCGGGCGGGGCCCGGAGAGUGCCUGCUCACAAGUACGUCCUGGCUGUUGGUAGCUCAGUCUUCUAUGCCAUGUUUUACGGGGACCUGGCAGAAGUCAAGCCGGAAAUCCACAUCCCAGACGUGGAGCCUGCGGCUUUCCUUAUCAUGUUAAAGUACAUGUACAGUGAUGAGAUUGACCUGGAAGCAGACACAGUGCUGGCCACUCUCUAUGCUGCCAAGAAGUACAUUGUCCCCGCCUUAGCAAAAUCCUGCGUCCACUUUCUGGAGACAAGUCUGGAAGCCAAAAACGCCUGUGUGCUGCUGUCUCAGAGCCGGCUGUUUGAGGAGCCUGAGCUGACCCAGCGCUGCUGGGAGGUCAUUGACGCGCAGGCUGAGAUGGCCCUGAGGUCCGAGGGAUUCUGUGAAAUUGACUGGCAGACCCUGGAGAUCAUUGUCACUCGGGAGGCCCUCAACACCAAGGAAGCAGUGGUCUUCGAGGCCGUCCUGAACUGGGCUGAGGCCGAGUGCAAGAGGCAGGGCCUGCCAGUCACCCCACGAAACAAGAGGCAUGUUUUGGGGCCAGCCCUCAACCUGGUUCGAAUUCCAACCAUGACUCUGGAGGAGUUUGCCAACGGCGCUGCACAGUCAGACAUCCUGACCCUGGAGGAGACCCACAACAUCUUCCUGUGGUACACGGCAGCCAAUAAACCACUGCUCGACUUCCCACUGACCAAGAGGAAGGGCCUGGCCCCACAGAGGUGCCACCGCUUCCAGUCCUCAGCCUACCGCAGCAACCAGUGGCGCUACCGUGGGCGCUGCGACAGCAUCCAGUUUGCCGCAGACAGGAGGGUGUUUGUUGCAGGCCUGGGCCUGUACGGGUCUAGCUCCGGGAAAGCAGAGUACAGCGUGAAGAUUGAGCUCAAGCGGCUGGGGGUGGUCCUCGCUCAGAACCUGACCAGGUUUGUCUCCGAUGGCUCCAGCAGCACCUUCUCAGUCUGGUUUGAGCACCCCGUGCAAGUGGAGCAGGACACUUUCUACACGGCCAGCGCUGUGCUGGACGGCAGCGAGCUCAGCUACUUCGGGCAGGAGGGCAUGACGGAGGUGCAGUGCGGGAAGGUGACGUUCCAGUUCCAGUGCUCCUCAGACAGCACCAACGGCACUGGGGUCCAGGGCGGGCAGAUCCCUGAGCUCAUCUUCUAUGCCUGAGGCCGCAGGUGGCAUGAUGUGCUGUGGGGGCAGAGGGCCGCACUCUUCUCCAUGGAGCUGGCGGGCUUCACAAAUGUCAAUCUUUUGUGCAGAGCUGGGUGCAGCCAAAGGGAUGAAACAGACGUUUUCCACGGAGCUAGAGCUUUGGCUUCUGAAUCCUGGUGGCUGGACCUCACAGCACCUCCUGCACGCUGGGGUGCACAUCUCAAGAGGACAGCAGACGCAGCCCUGACCCUGCCAGUGGUGCCCACACUGCCUGCUUUCUGGGCUUGGAUGCCCCUCCCACCCUUUGGGAUUUUAUUCUAAGUGGUUCUAAGCUUAAGGCUUUUCUUUCAAAUCUAAAACUUGGAAAAGUCAUUUAAAACAGUUUAUCUCAAAUUUUAAUAAAG